UUUUUUGGCAGAAGUCACAUGACACCAGAGUGACACACAAGCGCCUCCUUAUUUUGAUAGUUACAAGUGAGCGCUUUAAACAAGCCUAGUUAGUAUGUAGUAUCAAAUCCAUCAAACUUUUUUCGCUCUCUCUCCGGUGAUAUGACAGAUUAACUCAGCAUGUCGGUGGAAAACUCCAAGUCGUUUAAGUUCACCUUCCAGUCGUCUGUGCACAGUUCCCACGUCCUGCAGUGUCUGAAUGAGCAGAGAAAGAAGGAUCUUCUGUGUGACGUGACUGUUGUGGCCGAGACCCAGAGUUAUCGGGCCCACCGGGCAGUCCUGGCGUCCUGCAGUGAUUAUUUCAGCGCUCGUUUGUCCAGUCAUUCACCUGAAGGAAUUAUCCUAAACCUUCCUGAUGAGGUUUCCUCUGAGGGAUUUGAACCCUUGCUGGACUUUGCCUACACCUCAAAACUCAUCUUCACCAAAGAGAACGUGCUGGAAAUCCGCAACUGUGCCUCUGUUCUUGGUUUCAAGAACUUGGACAAAGCCUGCUUUGACUUCCUUCUCCCCAAGUUCUUUGACAGCAGCAGAAAUGCAUCCAAAGUCCAGAGAAAGUGCUGCAAAACCAAAUGCUGCAAAUCACGAGGGGCUGAAAUCAGCUCGGUCGAUGGGCAUGACACUGUCGAUGAAGACAAAUCAUUACUUCAGCCCUCUCAGUUGCAGCUUGAAGUCAAAGAGCCAUCUUGUCCUCCCUCGGUGGCCAUCGAGGACGUCGGAAAAAGCUGUCACGGCCAGGAAGACACCGAUUACUCCUUUCUGUGCCCAAAGUACCGGAAGUUUCAAAUAGCUUGCGGGAAAGAGCGAUCCUGUCUGGAUGCUUGCGACUCAAAACCCAUGUCCCUUGACAAGACAGAAGAAUGUCCUUUAAACUGCCUGCCUUGCUCAAGCAAUGAAGACGGCAAGGAGAUGUUAUCGUGCGAAAAGACACCUGAAGAUUCUCCUCUGCCUGAAUGCUGUCCCCUGAAUCCUGGUCCUCGCACGGGCCAGCCGUUACUCGCCAUCUGUAACGAGUCUACGCAAUCCGUUUGCGACUCGGGACCGGAGGAUGCUGUGAGGCCGUACGCGGAGCUCAAAGCGGACCGAUGCGGUGAACAGAGGAGCUCGGAGGAAAUAGAGGUGGCCAAACAGCUCACGUUCUGGCCGGAUUCGUGCCAGGCGUCUCGCUCUGACCUGGGCUUGGUGACGAAACCCUUGAAUCUCAACUGUCUGAAAAGCUGCCACCCGGACCCCAGAGCGGUGGAGUGUCCGUUCCUGCAGAACUUUGGCGCGGUGGGAGCUCACCUGUACGAUGGAGAGGGGGGACCCACUUCACAGGGCAGUCCGUACGUGCCCUCCAACCAAUCAGGGGAGGACUCUGAUAGCUUUGACACGGAGGGGGACAGCGAGUCCUACAGCAGUGAACGAGUGUGUGAGAUGGCGCUGCCGCUCUCGGUGGAUCAGAUCGUGUCUCUGAGCAGGAAUGACUUCCAGCAGAUGCUGAAGCAGCAGUGUUUAACACGGGAGCAGCUCGAUGUUGUGCAUGACAUCCGCAGAAGGAGCAAAAACAGGAUUGCAGCCCGGCGCUGCCGCAAGCGGAAACUGGACUGCAUACACAACCUGGAGUGUGAAAUCGUCAAACUGAGAAGCGAGCGAGAGAAGCUGACAGCUGAAAGGAUAAAGCUGAAUCAGAUGAAGAUGAAGGCCUGGGAGAGUUACUCCGGCUUGUAUGAGAGGGUCUGUACCGAAGCCUCCCUCAGACCCGAUCAGCUUCAGGUGCUGGCCAAAUAUUCCUCUCCAGACUGCCCGCUGUCUGCCUUCCUGUGCCCCUCUCAAGACCUCUCUCAGAGUCCCCAGGCUUCGGACCCCUCCACGCACACCUGUUGCCCCAGAGCCAAACCACCGAUUAAUUCCUCAACGGAAAAUACCGUUGCACAGUCAAGCUCGCAGAACCUGUUACCUCUCAGGGUCUCCGAAGCUCCGUCACACACCUGUCCCCCUGACGCCUCGCCGCUGGACUGUAGUUCGGUGGUGAAACUCGCCACCGAGCUGCUCAUCGGCGGCCACGAAACGGACCAACUGCAAAAUUAAGCACGUUGGUUGAAGGAAGGACCACAGGAAAUCACUGAAAGACUUUAAUUAUUUACUAAAGGUGCAUUUAACAAACGUGACAUCACUACUGUCCUCGUCUGAUUGUAGGUUGUGCGUUAUAUUUUAUUUUUUUACUCGGACCCUUUAAGAAUUAGCAUUAAGCUUGUGUCGGUCAGUGUUUAAUGAAGUAUUCCUUUACCUGCCUAAAAUGGUAAUUUAUAGUCUAAACACAGGUGUCCCCGAACAUCCUCGCAUUCUGAUGGAAUCGACCUCAACUCACGGGAUCAUUUCUGGACUUACAACACAACGAACCUCAUCUCACAGCUCAGUAAUAACCUCUUUUUCUUCUCAGGGGACGUAAAGCUAUUGGACUACACUGUUUUCGCUGAAACUGUGACACUCAAAAUGUCUCGAAACUUUUUAGAAGAGACCACUGAAUCUGGGAAUCAGACUCUCAGGUGUUCAGAACUGCACAUAAUGUAGUUUCACUAAUGUUUUUUUUUUGGAAUUAAAAAUGUCCAAAUCCAUUUACAAGUAAAAAAAACGGUUUCGUUGUAUGUGUUGAUUUAAAUAAACAUCUCAUCUCGUUUCUUUUUAAGUUUAAUGUGAUAACACUUUAAUUAUUCCGCUCUGUUUUCUAGAUGCUUGGGACCAAAUUAUCAAAGCUUGAUAAUAAAUGACUUACAAAAAUUUG